ACAUUUUAUUCACUUGGCAGAAAUCAUUGCAUACAAAAUCAACCUUUGCUUAUAUAUUUUACUUUUAAAAAGAUGCUCUAUAAAUUAUACUGAACGAGUAAUUAAAUGUAUCAAUGUCAUGCAUUUGCAGGGCACACAAAAGAACCAGAAGUGUGGUGGAACGAGGAAUUGGCCAGAUGAAGAGGCGAUUCCAUGUUCUCCAUGGAGAAAUCCGCUUAACACCUGCCAAGACUUGCAAAGUAAUUCUCGCAUGCUCGGUUCUACAUAACAUUUGUAAAGCCCGUAACAUCCAGAUGCCACCAGAUGAAGCUGGUGAUUACCCUGACGAUGAUGAAGAGGAGGGAGACGAAGAAACGGAAGCCGCAGGAGCACCCAAUCCACAAGGACAUGGCCUGCGACAUCAUCUUCAGUUCACCAACAUUCACUUCCGUGGUACUUAAUCAGAGUAAAAUAAUAUGAUAUAUAUAUAUGUUUUUUUAAUAUGACGGCCA